UCACAAAAACAAAAAACGAGCCGCAAUAACAAAACGCAAAAUAAAUAGCAAAAACAGACAGACCUCAGUGUAACUCUCAAAAUGGAAGUAUGGCACUCAAAUCGUCAGUAUAACACUCAAAACGGAGCAUGUUCGCUUCCGAAAAAGUUCACAAACCAAGGCAUUUGAGAACCAAGGUACCACUGUACUCUAUGCAAGCGUGAAGUUCUAUACUCGCUCCUGUAUUGCCAGAUGGAACCAGCUAGCUCGAGACAAUCUGCUGGGGCCUCUUUUACUGUUUGAUUUUAUUCAGUUUGUAACAAUUAAUUAAUGAAUCAAAAGGUAUGCAUUAUUUUCUCUGUACAGGCAAGGACCAAUUUAGGUGCGUCCGAAUGAUAUGCAAUCAUGCACAUGCGUAUGGCACCGAACUUGGAAAUAGCCCCAAAAUGUUGUAAAGAUGACAUGAAAAUGGGCAGAACGGACUUAGGCUCUGCUGACGCAUGUGGGGGUCUGGAACAGAAAUCCCGCACAAAACAAGUGUUGCCUGUAUUUGUACAGUGACUUCAUGUAAAAGGAAAUUUGAAGGAAGAGGGAGAUCUGGCAAAGUGAAAGAUCUGAGACUUUAUGGAAAAUUUCGACAAAGAGCCUGGAGGAAGAAAGAAGCAACACGCAUUAAAAAACAAACUACUGUCCUUGUGAUUUGAAGAGCCUGUUGCUCUGAAAUUUUGUCAGGAUGACAGACUCGGAGGUGGCUGAUCACAUGACUCGACUCAAACUCAAACUCCUUGAGAAGAAACUAGAAAAUGAACGUGAAAACAUCGAUGAUUUGGAAUCUUCCUUUUCUGCAGCAAAUCCAUGGGCCAAUAUGACUUCUGAUGGAGACGGCAGACUCUUUCCAACUGUUUUUGCAGGGAAUUACGGCAGCCAUGGCAAUGCAUUGCAAAGUGCAUUGAGACGAAGAAAGGAUCUUCUGCAGCAGCUCAGGGAGCAAAAUGUUCUGGAAGAAUUGUCAUUACCACGUGGCUUGCCAAGACUCCAGAGGAAGCACUUCAGACCAGAACCAGAACAUUUCUACCAAAUUCCUCCUCCUCUUCCUCCUCCUCCUCCACCUGAACAGCCACGGAUUAUCCAGCAGACAUUGCCUCAGCAGCCAGCAACCAUUAUUCAGCAGAUUCCUCAGCAACCACCGCUCAUUACCCAGAUUCCAUCUCCGCAGCCUUGCCCAGGCCCUCGCUCUGGCAGUAUUAAGGAAGAUAUGGUGGAAAUGAUGCUAAUGCAAAAUGCACAGAUGCAUCAGAUUAUUAUGCAGAACAUGAUGUUGAAAUCUCUGCCGCCACCUGCUUAUUCACCAGCUGGUGGGCAAGGAGUUCCUGUGCUUCACCAUGGACAACAGCUGACUGCUCCACUUCUAGUAAGAACAGAGAAGUCACGACCCCCAACAGUGCAUCAUCACCACUACACACCUCCAGGGAUGCCAGCCAUCCCAUCUCAGCUUGGCUUUUCCAUGGGCCCUUCCGUGAUGCAACCUGGCCUUGGCACGCCACUGGGAGGAUUCCCAUCUGAUUUACAUCACCUGCCCAUCCCAACAUCUGCAGCGUAUGUUGUACCUACCAAUGGACUGCUUGGAUUACCCCCGGGUUUGUAGACUUCUACAGUGCCUGACUAGCAAAGCAUGAAAUGAGAUUAAGAGUGCGGUGAACCCCUUCUUGGAAGGCAAGCGGACAACAAUCUUGUGACCUGAAAUAAGGAAGGAAUGCAGUAAAUGAAGAUUACAUUGGGCAAUGUUUGCUUAAGGGAAGAGUUGUAUCCAUUUACAGUUUGCUUCAAUAAAGUUUUAGCAUCUUUGAUACAUA